CCUCUGGGCAUGAUCCAGCACCCAGGUCCUAGGGUAGAGUAAGCCAGGGGUAUGCUCAUGUUUCACAUGCUUGCAGAAGGUUUGAAAGGUAGGAAUGGACUAGUUGUCUGACAAGUGAUUGCUAUCCAAGACCCGAGAUGGAUCCCUUGUGUGGAACAUCUGGCAAUGUACAUUGCCACAUAGCACUAGCACAUGGUCCCACACUGGACCUGGCUUGAAUUGGAACAAAUAUGUGUUAACCUGGUUGAAGGGUUGCGUGUUCUUCAAGGAUAAAGUACUUCAGUUUUGGAUAAAAUGGAUCAAAUACCAAGGUCAGAUAUUACCACAUAUGUUAUCACUGAAUCAUAAAGAGUAAAGUUUCCAUUAAUUUCCUUAUUCUUUACCCUUUGCACAGCUCCGACCACAGCCACUGAGCAGGACAUUAACGCAAAAACCUGACUCCAACAAUUCUUCCCAUGUUCAUGAGUUCUGCCUGAGGAUUUCUGAAGAAUCUCAACCUGCCAGUUCCACGAAACGGACCAAACCAACAUCCCGACAAGCAAACGAGUUCAACCAGACAAACAUCAGACGUCGCAUAAAGCCAAUCUCUGAACCAACUAAUCCAAACAGAACAACACAACUGACCUCUCUCGACAAUGAAACGACCCCAGUACAGAUCAAAUCAACCCCCUUGUUGGAUAUGGGUGUUUUACCACCAGCGGAUCUUCAUUCAGAUGAAUCUGUCACUGGAUGCCGCUGCCAUGACGGAAAUAAGAAGCUUCCCACUGAAACAACCCAAGUCAGAAGCACAACUAUUUGGCCCCCCCUAUGAAAAGUGCAACUCAACAGAAUUUGUUGAGACACUGGUAGAUUUCAGGAUUGUGUGUGUGCCUCCAGCCAACCUCUUAUUGUACAUUGACAUUGAACGUCACAGGAGGCCUGAGAUACAAAACUAUAACAUAAUUCCAGUCAUGAUGCCUUUCCCACGAAACCGAGAAAUUAUGCCACACACAGAUACUGAAACUCCGCAGACACCUACAUACGACUAUGGAGAUUAUGAAGAAACUCCGCAGACACCUACAGACGACUAUGGAGAUUAUGAAGAAACUCCGCACACACCUACAGACAACUAUGGAGAUUACGAGAAAACUCCGCCGACAACUGCAUAUGACAAUGAAGGUGAUGACAGAGAUCCUGAUUGCAUAAUCUGCACCAAGACAAAAGCAUUGGACCCAGUGAAUCCUGAAUCUGUAAAAUCCUUUAAAGUGGACUUUCAGAAGCUUCCCUGUACUGUCCAUAUCUCUGUGAACCUCGAGGAUGAGGAUUUCUGUUUGGAUUUGGAAGACCACUGGUCCAAGGAUGUGUUGGAGGAGCUGGAGUUUGCCAACCCUCUUCUGUCAAAAACUUCUCCCAGGGAUGUCGCUGCCGUGAGAAACUUCCAAGACUUCCAAAUGAAACAGUGGCAGUUCGAAGUGCAAUGAUUUGGCUCCCAACUGAAAAUUGCAGCUCAGUGGAAUUUAUUGAAGACGCUCGAGGACGGCAGGAAGGUUGUGUGCGAACAAAUCCAACUUUAAAUCAUUCCUUGACUUUUUCUUCAGGAUUGAAGAACCUAAUUUUGGAGACACAAAUGUUCGCAAUCCACUUGACACGCUUCUUGCACAAGACCAGCUGGAAAGCAGACCUGUUUUACACAUGUCUGAGAGUUCUCAACUGAUUACUCGAGACACAAAUGAUUAUCAUGCCCCACCAGGUGAGACUGGAAUAAAAAAAUUAAACAAACAACAACAAACAACCAAAUCCCACAAAUAAAUGCAUUGAAUAUAUUCUCAAAUUAUCUGAAUAAUGUAUCGAGUUCAGGUCUUGUGCCCUUUCAGUGUUUAUUUGCGGAAUAUGCCACCCCAAUCCGAUGGUAACCUGGGACUUAAAUGCCUUGAAGUCCGUGGAUAUAAUUCACCAUCCGUAUUGCCCCGUCAUUAUUCAUGUCAUUUUGAAGGAUUAUACAUUCCUGUGUUUUGAUUCAAACCGGCGGGAUUUCUAUACCGUGCUGGACAAGUUGCAAUUUCAACUUCAGUGACAAAGAAGAUUCAAGAGUGAUGUUGGAAUAUUCCACUGGGUAACGGUUUAUAGGGUGGGAUCUUAUUCUUGGAAACCCAGUGUGUGCUGGGACCUGUGCUGUCUCUACAUAUUUUAUAAGUUGGAAAAAUCG